GUGAAUUGCCUGGAGCUAGCUAGCUGGCUCUCUGGUACCCUCUGGAGACAUUCUGGUUCGCUGUUGGAACUCACAACAUGAUUCUUGCUUACCGGUACCCUUCUUGUACAAACAGAUAUUUGCCGAUAUUGCUGGCUUUACCAAAUGGGCCUCUUCCAGGACCCCCACUGAAGUGUUCGAGCUUUUAGAGACAAUCUAUGGAGAGUUUGAUCGGCUUGCAAAGAAGCGAGGUGUCUUUCAAGAUUUGAACUUUGAGGUUUCCUCGUUGUGGAAUCUAGUAUCUGCCCUGUUCUUCGCACUUGUCUCGCUUUAUCUUUUCCCUCUGGGCACAGAUUGGCAAGCACGAGCAGAUACGGAAGCUGGCACUACAAGCAAGGGGCUGCAUAACGUCUUGUGACUAUUCAUGUAUGCUCGCUUGCUUUGUCACGUCUCACAACAGUUUCUCCUGAAAUAUAGGUGGUUGUUAUGUUGCUUGUACCGGACUGCCUUUGGCCCAGCCCGGCCAUGCCAUCAUCAUGGCAAAGUUCUGUACGGAUUGCUUGAAGAAGCUGCACUCACUGAUCCACGAAGUUUUGAUAGACCGGCUCGGCAAAGACACGGGCGACUUGACCAAGCGGUUUGGGCUCCACUCUGGUCCCGUCACGGGGGGGUACUUCGAGGAGAAAAGGCCCGUUUUCCAAAUCUUUGGGGAUACAGUCAAUGUUGCUGCUUGCAUGGAGAGCAAUGGACUGCGUGAUAAGAUCCAAGUGUCUCAGGUCACGGCAGAUUUGAUUGCGGCAGCUGGAAAGGGAUCGUGGUUGACCAAACGCGAUGAACUGGUUACAGCCAAAGGCAAGGGAGAUAUGCAGACAUCCUGGGUGAAUAUUGCCUCCACAGGACGAUUGAUUGCUGCUACAUCCACCAGCCAAUCCGUUGAGUCCAUGUGGGACAAAAGCCAUCGCGACGAUUAUGUCGUCGUCGACGGCAAGUUCACCACGGUUGACGUAGCUCACAACGAGAAAACUAUCACAGCAAUUCCGAAAAGACGUUUCUGUUCAGCUACAAUCGUAAAAUACAUUGACAUACAUGUAUAUGUUUCUAAAGAAUACUGA